CUGUCAAAUGCUGUCAAUUCUACUUUUUUUCAUUAUCAACCAAUCUACAUCGUCUUUCUAAACGUAAGUUGACAAAAAUAUCCAUUUUCAUCUCAAAAUCAUAUUUUUUCAGAAGAUCUACUUCUACAACAAUAUAUUUCGUCUUCAAAACAAAAAGGGAUUCUGUAGGUUAAUUUUUUUGCUGUAUGUUAAUUUUUUUCAUGUUUCCCCCUCAUUUUUUGGCUGAAAAUUUGGGUAGAAAAUCGAAUUCAAAAUUCGUUUUUCUUUUGCAAUCCCCAGACUUUCAAAUGAUUUCCACUUUGAAUUUUGUCGCGAAAAUUACCCGGGAUUUUGAGAGGUUAAAAAAUGGGCUUUUUCACUUUUUACGUUGGGAAUUCUAAGAGUCUAGUCAAAAGCUGGGCAAAAUUGAUGGGUUUUUCCCGGAUUUUUGGGUGUUUUUCUGGGGGAUUUUAGGGGGAUUUGGGAGUGGGAAAUUGAAUGGGCCAUGGGAGAAUUUGUAGGGAAUUUAAGAGAGGAGGAGGUGGAUUUGUUUUGGGAUGACUUUAGGGAGUAAGAUUUGUGAGUUAGGGUAAGUUCUAAGGCAGGUAAGUUUGUGUUUGGGUAGAAGAAGGAUUUAGGGAACCUUUUUUUUCCAGAAAAAAAUCAUUGAGAGAAUUUGCUCCUGUCCUUGUCCAUGUCCAGUUUUUGUCCUUGUCCUGUCCUUUUUUUUGUCCCGCGUCUCCUUGUCUUUUUGCACUUUUGCACCCUUGGAGCAGGUUUGAUUUGUGAUUUUUUUAUUCGGAAAAAUAGUUUGCUAUUCAGAUUUUUGAUAGCUACCCAAACACUUAGGUUUCUCUUUUUCAGAUGAUCUCACAAAUCUGAAAGAUAAAGAAUUCCAAAAUAAAUCCAUCAAGCCCUCCUCAAAUUUUUCUAUAAAUUAUCUCAAAACUUAUCUGAUUUCUCAUAACUUGGUCUCUUUAAUUUUCCCCGGGGAGAUUCUCUGAAAUUUGGGAUGAAUUUCAUCGAUUUUUCCCCAGGGAAUGACGAAACUUUUCGAAUUCCCAAAAACUGGUGAAAUCCCAUAAACUUUUCAAAAUUCCGGGUGAUUUUUGCGAUAUUAUUUGAAGUGGAAAUCAGGCGAAACUGGGGGUUUUUUAGUGUUUUUUUCGAGUUUUCUAUCUGGAAUUUCAGCCCCCUUCCCCCUUUUCUUGUAUUUUUCGUUCGCUUUAUUUUUGGUUCUUUUUCUAUUAUUAAAGUUAUAAUAGAAAACUUGAAUGUUGUGUUUUUUGAUUCAAAAGUUUGAAAAACUUUUAAAAUAUCUUUUUUUUUAAAUAUGAUUUCAGAGUUUUUUCUUCAAUUUUCUCGGAUUUUCAAAAGGUAUUUUCAUGUUUUAUGUUCACUUUGCACCCUUUAUGUUUUAAGUUUCGACAGAUUUUGGAACACCAAGAGCACCCACUUUUUGCACUAGAUAUGUGUUCAAAUUGGAGUAACUUGUGCCAAAAAUUUUGGAAUAUUCGAAGAAACAUCGAAGUCUACUGAUGAAAUGGAUUGGAUUUGAUGGUCCAACAAAUUUGGAUUAUUCUACUCGUUGGUUGGAAAUGUGAUUUGUGAUUCUUCGAUAAUCAGGUAAGAAGAUUUGGCCCCAAAAAGUUAAAUUGAAUUUCUGAAAUAUCCUGUUUGAAACUGAUAAAAUGUAGUUUCUCUUGAUUUUUUUACUCAGAAAAAUCAUGAAAAAUUGUUGAUUUUUUAAGUUUGAAAUUGGAAUUUCAGCGGAGAUGCGGAAGCUAUGCCCAAUUUUUGAAUUUUUAAUCAAAAGCUUAGUUUCUUUCUUUCAAAAUUCCAUUUAGGUUCCAACUUUCCGAAAAAAAUAUCAGAAGAAAAAUUAAUCCAAACUUUGAAUACUCUUAAUUUAUUACUUUUCUGUUGGAAAAUAUUAUUGAUCUUCAAAAAUUCUUUUAAAAAACUUUAUCAUAUGCUUUGAAACCUAUUUUUCCUGGAUUUUUCUAGUGCUCAAUGUUUUUUGGCUUUAAUAAUUCAACAAAAACCCACAGUAAUCUUUUGUUGUCAAAAAUUUAGUUCAAUUCAAAUUUUGAAGAACAACACUCUUAAAAACUAUCAAAUUUAAGUCGCUUCUUUUUUUUCAGAUUUCAUCAUUAUCCCAACUUCUUCGAUUUCAUCUUCAAUUAUCAGCCAAAAAUCGGAAGCUUUUUGGGUGAGUGAAAAUUGAGUUAGCUAAAAUUCUGAAAUAUCCAAUGAAAAACUAAUAAAAUUUAGAGUUUUCUUGAUUUUUCUUUUUCUGAUUAGAAAAUCUUGAAAACUUUUUUUUUUAGUUUUUUUUUGGGAUUUUCAGCGGAGAUGCGGAAGCUAUGCCCAAUUUUUGAAUUUUCAUUCAAAAACUUGAAUUUUUUGCGAACAAAAACGUGACCUAAUUUUAAAUUCCCAAUUUAUCUCUCACAAUCAGUUUAUUUUCCUCUUAUGCUAUAACCCGAAAAUGGCAGAAAUUAUCUAUUUGUGAGUUUUCUUUUUCCCAGGCUAACCAAAAUUAGUGUUUUUUCAAAAAUGAUGACAAAUCAACGAUUUCAAAGCUUCUCAUAUGAUUUCUAAUGAAACUUUGAUCUUGAAAUCCAGUUUUCAGAAAUUUGUACUGAUUUUGCUCUAUGCAAUUCAAUUUUUCAUCAUUUUUGAGUGAAAAAACUAAUUUUGACCUACCCCGAAAAUUUUUGACCAUUUGAAUGUGUAUUGAUUUUUUGAUGUGAGAAAAAACAUAUGUUUUUUUUUAUUUUCUAUUCUCAUAAAUUUUAUAUUUUUCAGGUUUUCGAAACAACAAUUAAUGAUGAUGAAGUUGCUCAAAUUUUGUGGAGUUUGAAGAAGAUAAGUUUAAGGGGGAUUUUUAAGGGGUUAUCCCACACUUUUCAAAAAAAAUUACAAUUUUGAAUUUCAAAAAAACCCGGAACCGCUCUCGAAUUUCUGAAGUGGAAAAUGUGGGUUACUUUCUGAGCAAGUACGUUUACCAGUUGCUUGAAACCCGCAACUAUUCGAAUUUCAUUUCGAUGAUUUUGAGUAGGGAUUUGUCAAAGAAUCCUUUUGGAUAACCGAAAGCUGUAGGAAAGUAACAGUUAUCACGGGUUUUGCACAUUUCUAUGAAUGAUUUUUGGGUUGGCACGGUGUUUUGAAAAGGAACAUUUGGUUUGAAAUUUGUGGAGAACUUUAAAAAUAGUACUAAGCUUGAUGAAAACUUGAUUGAAUUUCAGCAAAAAAUACGUGGAACCUGGAUUUCAUCUCUGGUUGGAAAUUCGGAGAUUCUGGAAAGAUUCAAGGAAAUAUUCGCUUCAACUUUUUGGUGAGUGAGAAAAGAUAAAUUGAAAUUCUGGAAUUACAGUUUGAAACUGAUAAAACUUGGAUUUUUAUUGAUUUUUUGUUGCAGAAAAAUCUUGAAAAGUCGUUGAUUUUAUCAGUUUGAAAUUGGAAUUUCAGCGAAGACGCGAAAGCUAUGCCCGAUUUAUGAUUUUUUUUAAAAAUAAAAAACUUGGGAUUGUUCCAAUAAAAACUCAAUUUUUGUUCCAGAUUAGCAGUCAGCAAUCUCGCUCCAACCGACAUCCAACAAAUUCAACUCCGACUCAAUUAUAAUAAGUAUUUGGCUCGUGAAAUGUUGUCGCUGGCAUAAAAUUCGGAAAGUUAUUUCUGGUGAGUGUUUCAUAUGAAAAAUUAAAAUUUGAUUCAAAAAAUUCUGAAAAAGUCAAUGAAAAUAAAAUUUCCAGAAUUAUAAUAAUUCAUGGUGUAUUUUUGAUCGAUUCUCCAAAUUAUGUAAAAGUUAUGGGACGAAAAAUGUUUUGGCGAGUGAAAAAAUUAAUUAAAAUUCUGGAAUUUUAGUUUGAAACUGAUAAAACUUCAGUUUUUCUCUAUUUUUUAAAAUCUUGAAAAACUGGAUUUUAUCAGUUACAAAUUGGAAUUUCAGCGGAGAUGCGGAAGCUAUGCCCAAUUUUUGAAUUAAAAAAAAACUUUGAAUUUUCAGAGCCAAAUUCUUCAAAUGGUGAUAUUGAUUUUCCGGCUUCCGUGUCAACUUUCUAUAAAAAUCUGGCCAUAAUUUGGAUUUUUCGGACAAACUUCAGAGAGUAUAAUUGGUGCAUUUCUCAACGAAUCGACAAACAGUUUUGGUGAGUUACCAAAAAAUUACUUGAAAUUCUGAACUUUCAAUUUGAAACUCAUAAAAUUUAGAUUUCUCAACAUCGCUUCAUCGAACUUCUUCCAUGGCACAGUUCUGCACAAAUUAUAAUCCGGUAAGUUUUUUCAUAUCAUAAAAUAAAUGAGAAUUUCUGAAAUAUCCAAUAAAAAACUAAAAAAAAAUUUAGAAUUUUCUUGAUUUUUCAUUCUUUGAUUAGAAAAUCUUGAAAACUCUCAAUUUGAUCAUUUAUUUUUUGGAAUUUCAGCGGAGAUGCGAAAGCUAUGCCCAAUUUUUGAAUUUUUCAUCAAAAACUUGAAAUUUUUUGCAACUCUAAAAACUUUCAAUUGAAUUUUCAGACCAAUCAAAAUUGUCCAAUCGAUGGACUGUCUGUCAAUAAUUCAUUUAUGAACAAUGGAAUCACUUGGAAUUCAUCAAAUUGUAAAAAAUAAUCGAGAAAAAAUUAUAAUUGUUAUCAAUUCCCAUUUUAUUUUUCUUAUAUUUUAACACCCAAAAAAGAGGUGAGAUUUUGCUCUAUUUUUUCAGAAAAAAAAUAUUCAAAUUUUCAGAAUUAUAAUGAUUUAUGGUGUAUUUUUUGGUCGAUUCUCAACAUUCUGGAGAAGUUAUUAACAAAACAUGUUUUGGUGAGUGCAAAAAAUCAAUCAAAAUUCUGGAAUUUCAGUUUGAAGCUGAUAAAACUUCUAUUUUUCUUGAUUUUCUUUGUGAAAAUCUCGAAAAAUGGUUGAUUUUAUCAGGUCCAAAUUGGAAUUUCAGCGGAGAUGCGGAAGCUAUGCCCAAUUUUUGAUUUUUCAAUGAAUAACUUUGAAUUUUGCUUGCAAAUUUUCAACAAAAAAGGGUUUUUCAAAUAAAAUAAAUAUUUUUCAGAUCGCUUUGACUUCUGACAACUUCGAAUAUCCACGUGGCAGUUAA